CAACUGGUAAGCAGAUUCCAAUUCAAUGUAAUGAUGGACUUUGUGACAGAGCUGUAAAAGAUAUAACAGGCCAUCCACAGGGUUAACUACCACAUGGGAAGAGUCUCAAACCAAGACUGACAGAGAUUUAUGGGGCAUUCAAAAUUGAAGCAACAAAAGAAUUUAAAGAAUAGAUGGAAUGCAGUAGGAAAAAAAUACCCAAUGUCAAGAUUCUCGACAUAUUUGAAUGAAGAAAAUGUCAACUGUUCCACAACCAGUAUGAUGCUUAACCAAGAUAAUCUAAGAAAUGCAACCACAUGUAAUUAAGAGUGAACACAUCUUACUGGGUCUUUUUAGUUGUUGCAAGAUGACUGGCUUCAUUCCUGACAGCUAAAUAUUGUGGAUAAGAAGAAUAAGGAGGAGGAGGAGGAGAGGAAGAAGUAAAAGGAGGAGAGGAAGAAAAAGAAGAAGAGGAAGGAAGAGGAGGAGAAGAAGAAGAAAAACAGGGAAGAGGAGUAACAUAUUCAGAGUUUGUACAAUAUGAGAAAAUGGAGAUUCACAGAAGUUAAGCAUCUUACCCCAAACUACACCACUGAGAGAUCAUGCCCACCACAUAGUAACAGCCAUGGGAAAUUGGAGCACAGUGACCGAAUUCACCCUGACUGCCUUCCCAGCUUUCCUGGAGCUUCGGAUACUCCUCUUUGUGGUUCUCCUGUUGACUUACACCUUAACGGCAACAGGAAACAUUAUCAUCCUCUCCCUAAUAUGGACUGAUAACCGCCUUCAAACUCCAAUGUAUUUUUUUCUCAGUAAUUUGUCAUUUUUGGACAUUUUAUUCACAACUACUAUUGUCCCAAAGUUACUAGCUUGCCUGUUAGAAGAGAAGAAAACCAUACCUUUUGCUGGCUGCAUCAUCCAAGUUUAUUUCUACUUCUUUCUGGGGACAGUGGAAUUUAUCCUCCUGGCAGUGAUGUCCUUUGACCGCUACGUGGCCAUCUGUAACCCCCUGCGCUACACCAUCAUCAUGAACAGCAGGACCUGCCUCCUGCUGGUUCUGGGCUGCUGGCUGGGAGCCUUUCUGUCUGUGUUGGUACCAAUCAUUGUAGUGACAAGGCUACCUUAUUGUAGCAAAGAAAUCAAUCACUUUUUCUGUGACAUUGCUCCUCUUCUACAAGCGGCCUGUGUAGAUACUCACCUCAUUGAGAAGAUGAACUUUCUCCUAUCUGCCCUUGUCAUCUUGAGUUCCCUAGCGUUCACUACUGGGUCCUACACCUACAUCAUUUCUACCAUUCUGCAUAUCCCGUCUGCCCAAGGCCGUGAAAAAGCUUUUUCUACCUGCGCUUCUCACAUCACUGUCGUCUCCAUUGCUUACGGGAGCAACAUCUUUGUAUAUGUGAGACCCAAUCAGAACUAUUCACUGAAUUUUGACAAGAUAGCUGCUAUCCUCAUUACAGUAGUGACCCCUCUUCUGAACCCUUUUAUUUAUAGCUUGAGGAAUGAAAAGGUGAAAGAAGUGUUGAGAGAGGCAAUGGACAGAAUCAUGUCCUUGAUACUAAGGAAAACUAGACGUUAGCGUUUAGUAUAUCACACAUCAUUUCUUAUCUUCAACACAUUCAUUCUGCACGAAUAUUGUGCCAUGUCAGCAUAUCAGAAGCCUGAGACUGUGUCAACAGGAUGAGCAAUGCCACACCAACCUGGAAAAAAAAAUCUAAUCCAUGAACUAUCUUGUAUAUGCAUAGCUUAAAGCAGUGAAAAGUUACCUAACUGGGAUUCAGAGGUCUCCAAAUCUAGCCUUGGCUAAAUCAGUUUAUUUUGCAGAUAACUGUCACCACGUCAAACUUAUCUGAGCCUCAAUGUCUCCAACUCUAAAUGAAAUAAUAGAUAAUAAAGUAUCACUAUUUGUAGUGAGACCUAUAAAGUUAGAGAAUUUUA